GCAAUUUAUUUCGAUUCAAAUUUAAAACCCAAGUUCAACUAGAAAAACACUAUCAACUGAUUCAAAAACGACUUAACAUAGCUGAAAAUAAUUUAAAUCAAUAUAAACAACAGCCAAUUCAUGAAUCAAUCGAUAUCAAUACACUAUCAACAAUUAUGACUGCAUUUGUUCGUCAAGGUCAACAUAAAUUAUGUGCAGAGUUUGAACGAAAAAAACUUAUAUUACAAUUUGAUGCCAUUGAUCAUCGUUUAAUUAAAACAUUUUAUAAUUUAAAUCCC